CAUCAACACAUCAACAAAAGCGCCAUGGACAUGAACACACUACUUGAACCAUCAGCGGCAGGGAGAAAAGUGCACUUUGGGGCAGAUCACUCAGAGUCAGAUUCAGAAUCCAAUCUGCAUGAACUUCCUGAUUCGACCUCCACUAAACCAGAAGAGCCAGAUUAUUAUGACCCCAUAUACUUCGACUCGGACGAGGAUGACUCUGACUCGGACGACGAGACCGGUAGUCGACCGACAAAAGUACCCGAAGAGCAGGAUGACGAUGAAAAGGAGUUUGAUGCCCGUGCGGGUAUCCCUACAAGCGCAGGAACGAGCACGGCCGAGAACAAUAUGAAGGACCUCACCACAGGACUCGCCCAGAGUUCACUCGGACCUUCAUCGUCAACAUCAACAUCAACAUCAACAUCAACGUCGGCACCCUCAGGGAAAUCCUCCAAGAAAAACAAAAAGAAGCACCGUAUCAUGUCCGAUGCAGAGCUACUGUAUGACCCAGAUGAAGAUGACCGGGACCAGGACUGGCUGAUCAAGAAGAUUGCAGCUAACCGACCACCUGGAUCCAAUCCCGAGGACAUCUGGACCGACGCUAUUCUCUCAUGUCCAAUGUGCCUCACACAGCUCUGCUUUGACUGUCAACAACACGAAUUUUAUUCGCAUCAAUUCCGAGCCAUGUUUGUCGAGAACUGCCGCGUCAUCGAGAACGAAGUCCUGCGAUUCCCCAAGGAGGCAAAGAAGAAACAACCCCCAAAGUCAGGUCGCAACGCCAAGAGUACAGCAGGCGCAGCAUCAACACCACUAUCAUCAUCAUCAUCAUCAUCAUCAGCAGCAGCAGCAGCAUCAACAUCCGAUCCAGCACAAGGGUUCAAGCCUAGUGAAUAUGACGACGAGGACAUGGCCUAUCAUCCAGUCGUAUGCGAGAUUUGUAAUACAAAAGUCGCUCUCUUCGACCAGGAUGAGGUCUACCACUACUUCAAUGUGAUCCCAACGCCAGUGUAAUCCAAUAAAGGACGAAAAACCACAG